AUGGCUAGCACCUCGAAAACACCCACGAUAAUCGACCUCAAAACCUCCUUUCUCCGCAGCCAAAUACUUGGCCUCUCCGCCCCUCUAAAACCCUCCCAAGACUUCCUCUCCUCCAACAUCUCAGACGAAGAAAACGCCUUGCGUCAAAAGAGUAUCGAUGAAGCUCUGCUCAAACUCAAUACCCUAUUGAAAAAUCAUAACAAAACUGCUUAUAGCCCGCAGGCAUUGCGACAUGUUGCCGAACAGGUCGAUCGGCUGUAUUGGAAUGCCGGUGAGCGGGGUGUGAAUGGAGGGGUUUUGGUAGAGGGAGAGGAGUGGGCGGAGAGAGGUGUCGAUUUUCGAAAUGAACGAAUUAUUGAGAAAUUACCGGAUUUCUGGAGUGAAGAAGCAGAAGAGAGGGCUCCUGAGAAAGCAGAGAGGUACAAGGAACUACAGCGGAGACUGGUGGAGGCGAACGAGAAGCGCAAGCUUGUUAGGGAGAGAGUAACACAUUACAAGGCUCUGAAAGAGCUAUUGGUGCCAUUUGAGGAGCCGACUGAAAAUAUACAGGGGAAUUUAGUGGUUAAGGAUGGGGAAAUUGAGAGGGAAUUAGAGAGGAUGAAGUUGUUGCUCCUAAGGGUUCAAAGGGGAUGUAGUGGGCUGGAGCAGAAGCAGGAUUUAGAUGGAGAUGGUGAAGAGAUGGACGUUGAUGUGGACUUGGAAGGGAAGAGGCGGCUGUUGCGUAUACUAGGUGGGGAGUAA